AUGGCCGACGAGUGGAACAACGAGACGGAAGCGCACGACGUAGAGGGCGAGCGCAUGGAGCAGGAGCGCAUUGAUGUUGCACCCGAGCGCGAGGAGCGCGAGGAGCGUGGAGAGCGUGGAGAACGCGACGACCGUCGUGACGACCGCCGGGACGACCGCCGCGACAGCUACCGCCCCAAUUACCGCCGGGACGACCGCCGGGACGACCGCCGCGACAGCUACCGCCCGAACGACCGCCGCCGCGACUAUGACCGCCGCGACUAUGACCGCCGCGACGACCGCGACGACCGCCGCGACUAUCGUGACGACCGUCGUGACGACCGCCGCGACGACCGCGACGGCUACCGCCGCGAGCGCCGCGAUUUCCGCCGCGACGGACCCCGCCGCGACGACGACAACGAGGGCGGCAACCCCGGCAACAACCUGCACAUUUCCUCGCUUGCUCGCGAGACGCAGGAUGCGGACCUUGAGGAGCUCUUUGCGCCGUACGGUGCGCUGAUCAAGGCGCAGGUCAUGCGCGAUCCCCACACAAAAGAGGCGCGUGGAUUCGGGUUCGUGACGUUUGAGCAGGUCGACGAUGCAGCCAAGGCCGUCGAGGAGCUGAACGGGCGCGAGCUGUUGGGCCGUGCGAUUACCGUGCAGGUCGCGCGCCGUGCGCGUGCGCGUGCGCCGACGCCGGGCCAGUACCUGGGCCCCCCGAAGCGCGACGGCCGCGACAGCCGCGACAGCCGCGACGGCCGUGACGCCCGCGGCGGUUUCCGUGGCGGCCGCGACCGCGGCUACGACCGCGGCUACGACCGCGACCGCCCCCGCGACGACCGCCGCGACGACCGCCCCCGCGCCACGUCGCCCAGCCGUGCCCCUCGUUCCUACGAUGCUGCGCCCAACUAG